AUUGUUGGUUGAAUAUAAUAUAAUGAAGUUAGCAUACAAUGAAUAUAAGAGUGUUUGUAUUGUGGACUAAAACAAUCAUAUUUUGUGAAUAUUACUCUACCUCAGAAUAUAACAUAUAAAGAAUUUGCAAGUUAAUUCGUCGUUUCAUCAUUAAUCAAGAUGUCGUCCGGAAGUGACAGUGAUGAAGAGUAUGUACCAGGUGAACCUGAACAGGUUUCCGAAGAAGGCUCUGCUGAUGAAGAGACUGAUCUACAAUAUGAAAAAGAACAUGAUAUCAAGACUAAGAAAAGGAAAGCCGCAGAAGAAAGCAAAAAUAAAAAGAAAAGGCGGACCAGAAAUGCCGUAAAAGAACCCAUACCUGAACCGGAAGAAAAAGAACCAGAGACAAAUCUAGAUCCUGAAGAGGAGAAGAAAAGGGAGGAAGAUCUAUGGGCUAAAUUCUUAGCAGGCACAGGAUCCGCUUCUAAAGCUCCUGCAAAAGAAACACCAGCGAAACAAGCAGAAAAAAGUGAAACACCUAAUAAAGUGGCAGAACCUAAACCACAAGCUAAAACAAGUAGUAUCCAAGAUGAGAUUAAAGCUAGAGAGCAGAGGAUAUUCCAGUUUGCUGGCGAAACUAUUGUUGUUGAAAACAAUAUCAUUAAAGAGAAAAUUAAAACUGCAGAAGCUCCUGCUACAGUAAGCAAACUCCUCCCGCAGCGGAGCCGCGGCUCGGGCGGCCUGGCUGACGUACUCGGACAACUGAACAAGAAGAACAGCCUGUCCACGCUCGAGAAGUCCAAGCUGGACUGGGAGACCUACAAGAAAGAUCAGGACAUCAAUGAGGAAAUACAGAGUCACAAUAAGGGGAAGAAUGGUUACCUGGACCGUCAAGACUUUUUGGAACGCGCAGACCACCGCCAGUACGAGAUCGAACGCGACAUGCGCCUCAGCCGCCGCAGCAACCGAUAAUUCUGCAUGCCAUUUUACCCGAUUACCUGAUACCAACGCUUACUCAAAUAAAUGUUAGUCGUAAAA